CGCUGGACUACUUGGUGUGAGUGUGUAUUCUAUUCCCUCGUGCGAAGAGGAAGAGGAAUUGCAGGAACAUCCUGAACCUUUUGGCUGGGUAGCCAUCUUCUAGCUGUCGAGCAUGGCAGAAGCCUCGGCUAUAGUGUCGCACGUGCCACGGAUGAAAUUCGUGACAAUGUUUCACAUACAUAAAUAUAGAUCGCCAUCGUGCCUCUGCCUCCCGUUUGUUCCUUUGCGCAAUUAGAUUAUCGUAAUAAAUCGGGAGUUAAUACAAGUUGUCAUUGACGACGCAGACGCACCUACAGCAGCAGAAACAGGAAGGGGACAUUUUUUCAGUUUUUCACGAUAAACGUCUCGCUCCAGCACCGGCAGAGGUAGACAGCAUGGAGGGCGGGGAAGCGGUUUGAAUAGACAUCACCAACACAGUAUGCGUUGCAAGGCUAAAGUAAAAGUACCCUCGCACUCCAGCAACUACAGCACUACUUGCUUGCGGGAUGGUGUACAGUGCCGAAGAUCAAGAACAUUCGAGUACGAUAAAGUUUUAAAGAUGAUGCAGCAGUAUUCUUGUUCAAAGGGAGUAGUCGUCAUUUUUGUGCGCGGAAAUUUGUACGAGUUGUGUGCUGGGUGUGAGACAACCACAACUUAGACUUUUGCACAGGACGAGCAUGCAGCAGCAACCGGAGCACCUCGGAAGUUCUGGAGGGAAAGUGGUUGGUGCAGAACCAGCGCAGAAUGCUGCGUCUGCAACUCUUUCCUCUGCAAGAGGAUCUGCCGCGGGUUCAUGUUCUGCUAAAAACCUUGGCCACUACGAGGAACCGAAGCACAUGCACAACAAGAGGUCCCAUUACAGUUACUUCAAUCAUUACACCAGGAAGUCAUCCAGGGACACAAGGAAACAAGAGGACUACCGCUCUACCAACGACAAGUUUUCGGGUGGCAGUUCCGCACGUCGGCAUUAUACCAAAGUGACCAGACAAUGUGCAGAGCCGGCGCUGGGCCAUGGUGUAGAUGCGAAAAUGAGCUUUCCUGUAGUACAAGAAAGGGACCAGCCCCUCGUGGGUAGUGGUACAACUGCCACAACGUAUAAGGACCAAAGGGAGAUUGAGAUGCGAAAAAUCGGCAGGGAUGAAGCUGCAGCAUCGACUGCAGCUGUUGGUUUCCCCCCGCCGAGCAGCCCUCGCGGUGGUGCGGGAAGUGCUUCAUCACAAAAGACAUACGAGAACAGUGGAAAGAGCACAACAGCGACCUUUUCAUCCAGGCACGGUGGCGCUGGAGGACGCGGCUAUUUGACUUCGCCCCAGCAGCAAGGACGUUAUGCGACAACACAAAGCAACGGCAGCACGACAUUGCAUCAAAAACAUCUGUCAUCGAGCGCGCAACUUGCUGGCAGCGCCUUUAAUAUGGCCAGUCAACCGCAACCAUCAAAGACGAUGAUCGGAGGUAGCAGUAAGAAAUGCGGCUUUCGAGCAGGAACGGGAGGUUCGGGAAGCAAGAAUUUUUACCACCAUCAAGGCAACGCACUAUGCUCCGCCCCGUCAAGUGGUAACCGUACGACGGACCAGGAGAAAGCGGACGCCGCAAUUAUCUCCUCUCUGAUUGCCGAAAGCGCGAAAAUUACCAAGGAGAAAUGUGCCUCGAUUCUUACGCUUUUUCUUGUAUAUUCAUUGAAUAUAUUCAUUGGAUUGAUCAUGCCUUUCAUCAGCAGUGGACAUUCGAUUUUGGAUUUGGAGUAAUUUAACAGUACGCAAAAGUACGCCUGGCACUAACAUUGACAGUACAAUGUCGUGCAAAGAUGUUGCUGGAACGAAACAUAGAUCGUUCUUGCUGCUCGUGCUCACGUUUCUCUGGCAUAGAAAUUGAAGAGCGCAAGGAGACGGUUUUCAUGACCGUAGUACUUCCAGAAGGGACGCAACUGGGCGUCCGCAUUUCCAAGAAGAUUGGCAAGGAAGAUCUGCAGAUUUUUCUGGCCAACUUUCUAGCAGCCGAGAAAGUGCUGACGGCCGUUGAUUUUCCACGCCUGUCUUGGAGGCGCAUCGAAUUCUUUCACAGCUCCCUUCCUCGACCGCAAAAUGCAGCUGCUGCAGCCUCACACGCCGAGUCGAGCGCUUCUCGCUCGGCCACCAAGUCGACCCUUGGGAUAGGUCUUCUCAACAGCUGUAGCAGCAAGGCAACCACAGCUACGACGGGCGAUUGCUGCGUCGACAAUGAGCAAAGGGACGAUGCGGCCAGCAGCUCCAGUGGUCCCAUUUGCUCUGCAAGUUCCUUCCGGUUGUCCCUGAACGAACAGAAUCCCACACUGCAUAUGCGAUUCUCGAGCUGCCACCGUCUUUUUCUCGCGAAUCGGGAAGGUGUCUACUCGUGGACGCGAGACCACAACAAGAACAUGACUUCCGCGAAGGAUCUACAAGAACCGCCUCCGAACCACGAGGGAGCCGCAAGUUUAUCCAGCCACGACCGCAGUGAUCGAAGUACAAUUGCGCCCACAAAAGCACGCGGCGACGAGGAGAGAACCGAGGUAGAGCAAGAAGUCGUGCCUCCAGCACCAACUUCAAGAAUGGCGGCACAGUUCUUUCCCCACGCCAACGCCACCUGCGUGGCAGCCAGCCGUUGUGGCCAGUUUCUGUUCACAGGGGACCGCGAUGGCACUAUCUGCGUGUGGGAUGACCGGGGAACAAGUUCCUCGCAAGAAGACGCACCUACUAAUUCGAGCAGGGCCACCGCUGGAGUCCCGUCGCCGCCAAGUGCUUCCUCUUCAUGUGAUCCUCAGGCGGGGUCGGGGACAACGACAAGCAAAGAGGAUAAUAUUGACCCGAGAGCCCGAGCGACGGAGAAGUUUUCCGCUCAGAAUGAGAAGGCGAGGCGCGCCAGUCCACCCUCCGUGUCUUCUUCUGGUUCUGCAACCACAGCAAGUGCGUCGAAAUUGCUCACACUCCGAGCGCACCGCGACCAGAUCAGUUCCUUGAUCUUGUCGAAGGACGGACGGUACCUGUAUUCGGCGUCGUACGACAACGUCGUUCUGCGGUGGAAUCUGCAGCAACUGCACUCCUCCGCGCAGGAGAAGCUACCAGACGGCACGCGGGUGAAGGUCGAGGCAAGUGCAAACUCCUGCGGGAACCACUUCUGUACAACCGCAAUGUGCAGUAGCUUUCACGACACGACUAACAGAGUCGCUCCCGCCGCACGCCAUGCCGGCGCGGGCAUAAAACCGUUAGGAGUGAAUGGAAUGAAACUCAAUUCAUCUCGACUGCCACAAACGCGAACGCCUGCGAUGGUUUACGGGGUUCGGUACCUCACCGCAUCGGCAUCGAGCGGACCGGCGCAACCUCAACACCGAACACCAGAACGGUUUCUGGGCGGUGGACAUAGUAGUAACACAGGAGGAGCACAAAGGACGACGGAAAGAACGAGCCGUGGCCUCGCUGACGCCGGAUCUACAUCAGGAGUGUACUUCUCGCCAGCUGUCACCUAUGGCCAUCCGAGUGGAGCAGCUGAGGGAGUCGCGUUGAUGAUGUCCGCAGACACAAGGGAACCCUGCACAGCACACCAUGUUGGUCGAAAUGCAGCUUUCAUCGAUAACCAAAACCAUCAGGAACCUCCAGACUACUUCGACCGUUGUGCAGCCGACGAGCAGCCAGCACCAACAACAAUAGCAUCAGGACAGCGUUUUGUUCUGCAGAGUGGCAGUGGACUUUCCCAGCCUCCUGGUGAACACAACGCCCUCCAGUUUCCUCCCGGGUUAGACUUCGACGACGUAAACCCUAAAAGUCCCCCGCGGCGAGCGAAGGGAGCUGCACCUCCAGGGAUGAACCAGCAGAAAGUUCCUUCUCAAGCUCGCCAAGACGAUCACUUUGAUGCCUCUAGCAGAACCGUUCAUCCGCAACGACCAAGAGAUGAAAUUGCUGAUCGUACUAUGGGUUGUAUUGAAACGCAUACGACGCAGCGGUACUACGGCACCCCCGGCUUAGGUGCUGGCUCCUCCUCCUCGUCACCAUCAGCGAAUUCCCGGGUAGUUCCUGUGUCUAGUCAUUCUCAUUCACCAUAUUCUUGCGCUGAGGGGAGUGCGAGCUCAUUCUGUCCCAUCAACGCCGAGCGAAUGCUUGCUCGCCUGGCUGUGUCGACGUGCAGAAGUUCUUCUUCAUCGUCUUUCGCUCGUCCUCCCAAUGAGUUGCAUGGAAGUUAUCGUGGCUCAGUUGGACCGCGCGACGUCGGCACUAUUUCUCAUAGUCUUUCGGCGAACGAUCCAUAUCAUGAGGAAAAGGGCCAAUCCCCGAUCAUUGUCGUAUCCCCGAUCAUUGUCAUUCCAGUUAUGCUCGAGAGUUCGAUGAGUGACUAUCUUUAUCCAUCGUAGAUGCAUGCUGAAUUGCAUGACUCCAGCAUCUUACAUGCGUGCUUUGUUCCGCCAGCAGUUGUGAAGCUGAGUUGGCUUCUACUCGUGCCAACCCAGCUGUGCGUCGAGAAAGAUGCUGGCGCGCGUUUCUGUUCCACACGAAUUGAUGUACGACGCCCCGGACAGCAAAAGUGAUUUGCUUCUGCAGUGUCAGUGCGAAAGCAAAUCUUAGUCUCCCGUUGGGUAUGGAAGGGAAGGGUUAGGGAGGGUCGUUUUCUUUAUUCUCAUAUCAUGCGAUCCUCCUACACGGGGACACAGUUGGCGGGGGAUCAGCAACGACACCACUUGCACUACGAUCCCGGCCAGUCGUCCUCUUGGAUCGUGUCCACCACCUCCUUUGACGGCCCUCCGCCAGGACUGACCCCCGCUUGUUUGCAGGGCAGAAAUCACAACCGAGCAUCAAACUACCCAAAUUCGCCCCCUGCGGUAGCAUUUUUCGACGCGGUCGAGGGCGCGGUAGCGGAUAGUAGAAGGAUUGCCACUUCUUUUCCUGCGAGCUGCAGUCGGGAGCACCAUCAGGAAAGCGGUCGGCCACGGCGACCCGUGGAUCAUAUUGCAUUGAUGACAGCAUCACCGACGUCAACCGCGCAGUGCCAGGCCUAUUUGUCUGAAAAUGGAGAGGCUCUCUUGCCAUUGCCGUGCGGGCAACGGCAACCCUCGAAUCAAGACUUUGCAGCAGCCGGCGCCCUGGUUGUGCCGCCGGUUCCGGCGCCACUGGGCGGGGUAGGAGCGCGGCCGCAUGAGACCCAAGCCUAUGAUGGCCUAUCUCUUGCUGACGGUGGCGGAACUACACCUGUGGUAGCACAACCCACUUAUAGUGCGACUUACCCCUACUACCCGUCUACUUCUGGCGCAGCUGUCGUGGCCGCGACCGUCGGCGGAAUUUCUUGCAGCGCGCAACACCAUCACCACCAGAAGAUGGUGCCCGCUGCGAAUGUAGGUACUGACAUCGCAACUGCUGCUGCAAGAACUACUGGGGACAUACAGCCAGGGCCCCCGAAUAUUAAAAUGGUUUCCCGGGGGCACCAGAUGACCGCGCAGUCUUGCCGAGGCACUGCCGCAGAAGCUUCGACAUCCAGCGCUACUGUGGAAAAUAGUGCGCUGUGCAUUUAUGGUGCGCGACACGAACAUCAGCAAGAGCCGCCCCACAGGGGAUCAGGCGCCGCUCAGUGCGGCACGUCGUGGACCACCUCCAUAACUGGCGACACACAUGCAGCUCUCGCGCCGCAGUUUCAGCUGUCCUAAGCGAGGAAAAAUGUUUUUGCAUUUACAGUUUGCACAGACAAUGCGUGAUGUCGCAGGACUGACAACCAUAGAGAAGCAAGACGGACAACCUCUAUCAUGCCCCCCAAUUAUGCCUGGGAGUUAUCUCGUUCCACGCGUGUUUUAUUCCGCGUUGCAAAGUUUUCUUGUGGUCCUGGUCCUGCAGGAGAGGACCACUUGACCUGUAUUAAAUGUUCUUGCUGAAAAAUCUGCGAAAGGAAAAUGUGGAACUGGAUGGAAGAACACUUUUUUCCUGGAUACAUCCCCGUUCAACUUCAAUCACAGCUGCCUCCUGAAUACAACAAGCGGCUCGUACCAACAGGUUUCCGGUGGACAAGUCCUGUUCUCCUGCAACUCCUACCAACAGAUGGCGUUUUCGCCCACUUCCCUCAUCGAUGAGAUUGGCCGCUGCGGUUCUUUAGAAAUUUCCCCGAUGUACUUGCAAUCGCCACGCUAUACAUUGCAAACUAACAUGAUGUCUAGUACUCUGGGUCUGGAACAUUGCAAGGUUCGUCAUGCGAUGCUUGUCUGUGGUCUUGGAAAAUGCAAAGGCGCAAAAAGAUCCUCCUGUCUGUCAUGCAAAAAGUCAGUUCGCCCACGCCAUACAUAUGCGGCGACUUGCCGUGGUAGCGCUCGGCUUUUGUAUGAUGAGGUCGCCGAAAGUGCUUCCUCGCCCACCCCCCGGGGAGGGGAUCCUUGACCUGUGGCGCUGGGAGCGGGUGUCCACUACAUGAUGAUGAUAUGCGGAAUGCACGGCUAUAUGCAGCUCGAAAGUAAUGGCCUGUCAUGGCCAUCAGGGGCGGUGGCUUCGCGUGACAGAGCGGCUCAGCAGCUUCACAACUUUCCAGAGCAAGACAUCAAAUUUCCAGCGAUACACGCGAACAAGGAGGUAUCGCGGUCGUGGACCAGCACAUACCGCACAACCAGAACCUAGGACCGAAUAACGGCAGGCAAGGCGGAUCAGCUGAAGCAUUGACGCUAACGCCCGUGUCGAAACCGCCGGGUGGUGUGUGCGAUUUUUACAAACGUUGCCCUCCUUCUCCGGCGCGGCAUAGAGGCUCUGACUUCGAAGUAGAGCAAAAGAUCCACUCGAGGACGCAGGAGAACCUAGAAACCGUACUGCAAAACCCAGUUACCAACGAGCAAAACUACAAUCUCGCCGAAACAGUCGAAUUUUUUCUAGAAGGCUACUUUGAUGACGCUGGCUACUACCAGCAGGGAGCGGCCCAGCAGCACAGUAAUUCGACAACUCCCGUAGAAGUUGUGACUACAAUGCCAGCACCUCCCAAGGCGGUGAGCCACGGCUUAAAAACCACCGGAGCUGGUAUACUAGGAGGCACGGUAGUACCUGCUGGGAUCACGGGCAUGAUCAGCACCACCGCGACUCAGGCGCAAGUGCACGGCCGGGUGCACCAGGGACAAGACCCGGCGCAGCACGACAGCACGACGGCCGUCGACCUUAAAAGUGCAAUGGACGGGCGCCCAUCCUGCUCUACCUCCUCAUUUGUUCUUCCGACUCCAUUCUUACACCAGGAAGUUCUUACUGACGACCAUUUACUGCCGACUGAGCCUCCUCCUGCGUCGAACCACAUUAUUAAUGUCACGACAGAGCAGAGUCUUUUGACCGCGACGGAUGACGAGCCACAGCAACGCGUGCCCUCGUUCCCAGACUUUGUAGUAAGUCGCGACGCGUCAAGCCAAUGUUCUCCAGUCGCUGAAAACGUGAGCGUGCACGUCGAGUAUGUCCGCAAAGCGAGCGUAGGCCUGCUCACCAGCAAACAUACACCGAUUAGGUCAACGUCAUCAAACGACCGCGAACCUGAACCGGCUGCCGCCGUCGGAAGAGCGUUUCAUGAGGACGGGGGGAAGAAACAACUGCAGAAGCAGCACGAAGAUAUUGUUCCUACUGCCAGCGAUGCCUUCGACCAACAUGCAGAUGAGACAUUGAUGAAGAAUAGCUGCAGUGCCUCGUCAAGUAAUGGCACUACGACGAUGACGACCUGUAGUAGCAAGACCUCGGUCGCCGCCGACCACCACGAUGUUGACGGAAUUCCUGAGGACCUUCUCGCACUAUUUGCAGCUUAUGGCGAUAGUGCAACCAAUACAGCAGGUGGACCAGUAGGGACGGGAGCGAGGAUGUCGUCUUCUAAACAAGGAGGCAAUGGAAAUAAUAUGUUGAACAACCACUACGGCGUGACAAUUAACGCAAGCGCCCGAGAUUUCGAAUUCGACAGUGCGGGCGGUUGGCGCGGCAGUACCCCGGCUGACGUGGCCGUCCACAGAGAGGUCUUCGCGAACAAGAACGACCUCUACGAGGACCGCAACUAUAACUUUGUCGUCUCCACUGCUGCAGCAUCUGCUGGCGCCGAUGCCACUGAUGAGCAGCAUCAACAAAGAGAAACUACAAAACUGUCUGCUCAAGCGCAGCCCCUGCAACAUCGUACGAUCACGACUCGUCCUGGCAUUGAUGUGCCAUCGCUGAAGAUGGAAAAUGUCAACGGCAGGCGCAAGGUGGAGGACGUGGAGGAACACGAAUACAAGCAGCAGAUUAUGAAAAUACCACAGCCAGAUGCUUUUGCUGCUGCUGCGAGACGACCAGUUUCCGCUACCGUAGUGGCUCCGGAAGCAAACCCGGUCCGUUCCAACGGAAGUUUAUCCUGUGCAAUGGAUGAACAAGAAUAUCUCGCUAAAAAUGCGAAUUCCGGUGGACCUCCACGGGGCGGCGCAAAAAUUGUAAGUACUAGUACUCUGAAAAAUUCACAACAGGACGAAACGCCUAAGGCAAACACGGUGAAGCUAAAUGCUGCUGGUACCACUCUGUCCUCCUCGACGACGUUUUCAGCUUCCGGCCUGUUGCGAAAGGAACAGCACGCAGAUCCACAAGCUACCGCAUUUUUGAAAAAUUUGUUGCUGUUGGAUCAUCAGGAGCCGGUUGCUGUGGGAGGACCCGGGUUGAACGAAGGGCGCACGGAAGUGGAUGCGCUGGAGCAAGAGCUCGCUUCUCCUGUUCUAGAGGAGGCGACCACUGAACCGGAGACUUCUUGUUUCCAGUCGAGCACUUCUCAGUGUGGGCAAAAAACAAGCAUGACUUUGAUGAUGCCCCCCUGCUCUGACGACUUAUCUUCCACUACGGCUCGUCGCAGCGAAGGACGCCAGUACGGCGCGCCGGCCGUGCCCGCGCUUCAGCAUUUGCACAACGACCUGCCGCGGCCACAUGCGCCAGGACGAGGACUGGGAGAAGACGCCACUCAAGAAUCCCGUGGCGCAGAUUGUUUUCUUACUGACCAUAUGGAUUGCAAAAAUGUCUGGGUCUGGAAGAAUGGGAACUUGUCAUGCUGUUUUUGGACCCUAAAAAAAUUUGUCUUGCAUGACCAGCAAGAGGGGCGCAGUUUUUGCUACACCGACGGGCCAUUACUAUCUAAACUGCAGCAGCUGGUAAAAAAUGCAUGCGAGGGGUAUGUUCGGGGGUAUGUUCGGGGGUGUGUCAGGGGUAUGCAAAUGCUCCUCAAUCACGGGCGGACUACAAUUUUUUGCCGAAAAACCAACAGGUGGGGUAUAAACAUACCCCAGACAUACCCCAGACACACCCCAGACACACCCCAGACAGACCCCCGAACAUACCCCAGGCAAAAAGUCCGAACACACCCCAGACACACCCCGGACAUACCCCGGGCAGACUUUCGGACACACCCCGGACAGAAUUUUUGACACACCCCGGACAAACUUUCGGAUUUUGUCAUGUGAGGGUUGACCCGAGGUCCAGUCUGUCACGCGAGACCGUGCGGCCAAGGGGCGAAAGCCCUAGGGCAGCGCGGGGACUCUGUCCCCGCGUCAUGCCCUAGGGGCCAGCUGGGAGCGCUUUCCGGACACCGCGCGGCCAAGGGGCGAAAGCCCUAGGCCAGCGCGGGGACUCGGUCCCCGCGUCAUGGCCUAGGGGCCAACUGUGGGCGUUUCCUUUCCCGGACACCGUGCGGCCAAGGGGCGAAAGCCCUAGGCCAGCGCGGGGACUCGGUCCCCGCGUCGUGUUGGCCUAGGGGCCAGCUGUGAGUGCUUCCCGGACACCGUGUGGCCAAGGGACGAAAGCCCUAGGCCAGCGCGGGGACUCGGUCCCCGCGUCAUGGCCUAGGGAGUCCCCGCGUCAUGGCCUAGGGGCCAGCCGUGAGCGCUUCCCGGACACCUUGCGGCCAAGGGGCGAAAGCCCUAGGCCAGCGCGGGGACUCGGUCCCCGCGUCAUGGCCUAGGGGCCAGCUGGGAGCGUUUCCCGGACACCGUGCGGCCAAGGGGCGAAAGCCUUGGGCCAGCGCGGGGGCCCGGUCCCCGGGUCAUGGCCUAGGGUUCAGUUCUGGGCGCUUCCCGGACAGCGUGCGGCCAAGGGGCGAAAGCCCUAGGCCAGCGCGGGGACUCGGCCCCCGCGUCAAUCAUGGCCUAGGGGCCAGCGGUGAGCGCUUCCCGGACACCGUGCGGCCAAGGGGCGAAAGCCCUAGGCCAGCGCCGGGACUCUGUCCCCGCGCCAUGGCCUAGGGGCCAGCUUUGAGCGCCUCCGGGGCAGCCGGCGACCAAGGGGCGAAAGCCCUAGGCCAGCGCGGGGACUCGGUCCCCGCGUCAUGGCCUAGGGGCCAGCUGGGGGCGCUUCCCGGAAGCCGCGUGGCCAAGGGACGAAAGCCCUAGGCCAGCAUGGGGACCCGGUCCCCGUGUCAUGGCCUAGGGGCCAGGUGUGGGCGUUUCCCGGACACCGUGUGGCCAAGAUAGGGACGAAAGCCCUAGGCCAGCAUGGGGACUCGGUCCCCGUGUCAUGGCCUAGGGGCCAGGUGUGGGCGUUUCCCGGACACCGUGUGGCCAAGGUAGAAGCGAAAGCCCUAGGCCAGCGCGGGGACUCGGUCCCCGCGUCAUGGCCUAGGGGCCAGCCUUGAGCGCUCCCCGGACACCGUGCGCCCAAGGGGCGAAAGCCCGAGGCCAGCGCGGGGACUCGGUCCCCGCGUCAUGGCCGAGGGGCCAGCUGGGGGCGCUUCCCGGACACCGCGCGGCCAAGGGGCGAAAGCCCUAGGCCAGCGCGGGGACUCGGUCCCCGCGUCAUGGCCUAGGGGCUAGCUACGAACACUCCCCGGACUGACACCACACCGCGCGGCCAAGGAAGGGCGGGACGAAGAUAGAAAAGCCCUAGGGCGGUGUGGGGCUCUGUCGCCGCGUCAUGACCUGGGGCGGGGCCGGCUCCAGGCCCGGCGCCAGUUUCUUCUUUUCUUUUAUCUUUGCGCGCGGCAGGCUAAUGAAUCUAGUGCGCGCAAGCAGGGGAGCCGCGUCCGCAGGCCCGUCGCGGGUCAGGGAAUGCAAGGCGCACCGAAAUACCUAGCACUAGCUGCAGGCGACCUGCCUGCCCAGUGUCACCGCGCAGACAAAUGCCGGAAGGUCGCCGCACGGGGACUCUGUCCCCGUGCUCGGACCUUGUUUCUCAUGCGGGAGGUCCAUCAGGAAGCCCUCUAAAAGUCUGCGAUGCUAGGCCAAGCAUUACAGGCAUCAUGCUUCAUGAGAAAUAUGCAUGACAAAUCUUGUAUUCUUCCAGACCCAGACACUUUUGCAUUUGAUAGACCAGGAGAAGAACUUUAUCCAGCUGAAUCACGACAUUCGCACGAAAAGAGAACAGCAAGUACAACUCACUGCAGUGGGAAGAGAACAAGCACCAGGACCAGUGCAAUCGUUCACCACGACACGGCCUGUGACGGCGCCUGAAGCUACUCAUUACAACGGUGUCGCCCUUCACUCAUCUUGCCCUGUACAUGAUACUAGCGCUAGCGCAUCGACUUCUUGUGCAGCAGAUGCUGGAACUGGAUUCAUUUCCACUGCAGGUAAAAGUAAAACAAACGGAAACGGAGCUAUCAUGCCCACGAGGACCGGCGGGCAACAUGCCACCUCUUUUUCAAAGCCGUCGUUUUGGGCGCACCAGAAGUAUCGAGAAUACACCACAUGCUACGCAAGCAACAUCGAGUUUCAGAACCAUUUUUUGCCGCAUUGGAGCUCAACAGCCGUUCAGGCCGAAGACGACGGCUUGUCAGCGCAGGAGAAACACCAGUCGCACGUCGCGCAGCCGCCACCUGGUUUUGGCAAUUAUGGUUUUUCUCGCGUAGAGACGGAGACGACACACACGACGGAAGCGACUUCUAGGAAGAACCAGCAACAUAGUAGCGCCACAGAGCGUGCGCGUCCGACGUUUCAGCGGAAGAGUGAGGGACUCCUUAUGGCGUUCUCAAACGUUACAUUCUCAACUGUUACAUGAAUUUGUGAUGCAAGAAUGGCAAAACUGAUGAAAGGGGGAAGAUUGCGCCUUUUGCGUGACAGAUUUGGCGCAGAUUCUGAUCCUGUUUGUCCCUUCGGGAAUUUGUCAUGCGAAGCAACUUGGUCGUGUCGAUUCUGAUUGGGAUGUUGCAUCGCAAAUCAUGUAACAGUUGAGAAUGUAACGCUUGAGAACGCCAUACUCCUAUGCUCGAAGUUCGGCGGGAACUACACACCGCAGCCAGUGUAUGCCCUCGCACUAUCGGGGGACGAGAGGGAGCUGUACGCAGCCAGUGGGUUCACGGUGAAAAAGUUUGAAACUCACACUCGCAAAUUCAUCGGCGAGUACCAAGGCCACCACGACUACGUGAUCGAUGUGGCCGUCUCGACCACCUACGGUAAGCUGGCGACCGUGAGCGACGACAUGACCGCCAUUUGUACCGACCUUACCGGAGAGAGUAGAUUGGACCUUUCCGGAGUAGAUUCGCAGAGCGGAAAAGAUCCUACGAUUGCAGCCUGCGCGGGGACAACUGGGUGGGGUGGUAACACGAACAACACAUCCAUGGCUCUGGAAUCGCAAGAUAACUACCGCACCAUAUUCGCCUGCACAUUUUCGCAUUGUGGGCGGUAAGUGAAAUUAUUAUACUCCAAGUUCUUGUGAUUUCAUCAUCUUGAUAGUACAACUGUGAUUUACUUGCUUUCAUGAUCAUCUCCCGUCGCAAGACGCCGAUAGUUGAUCAGUUUUUCGUGAAUUAUGUCGGCUCAUCUCACACGCAGGGACAGGAUAGCGCCUGUUGGUGAGUUGAAUUGUGCUGCCUUGUCGUCCCUUGCUGAGUACACCGAUUAUAUAUAUGCCGAUAUUUCACCAGCGCCAUGCGAAAAAUGCGUGUCGCGAGCCCUUGCACUUGCUGGAUGCGCAUUUUUCGGAUUGCACAUCUGUUAAAGUCCAACAGUAAUCAACAAUCGUAAUGUGUACACUACGACUACCCUCACCCACCAUAGGCCUGACACACUCAGCACACCAGCAUUUUUUAAGCGACCAUAAGAUGUUCCAAUCUUUCCGCUGCUCUUCAGGUACCUCUAUCUGGUGCUGGCGCAUCGUGUAAAGAAGUGGUGCAUGAAGCGACUCCAGUGCGUCGCUCUUUUCGACGCUCCGAAAAACAGCAGAAUGGCGGGAUGCGCGGUCAGUCCUUGCGGGAAUCUUCUCUACGUCUCGUUGACAAACCGUGUGGUCGUCUUCGAUGCGUGCACGGGGCAAAUGUUGCCAGACGCCUUCCUGCUGGACGGUAUCACCUACGUAGCCGUUGGGUGA